AUGACGCUCGCCGCGAAAGGAUUCACUCUGCAGCAGAAAGUGCGUCAAAGGUUCCGGUCUACGAUGGUUGACGAUGAUCGGGACACUUUUCAGCGCGGCAUUCGACCCUUUAUAAUACUUGGACAAGUGUUUGGCAUUUUUCCCAUCUACGGUAUCAUAGCAAGCGAUCCGAUGAAGUUCCGUCUGAAGUGGUUCUCGUUGCGCGUUUUGGUCAAUCUUACCGUCGUGGUGACUGCCUUGAUGCAGGCAUACCUUGAGUACCGUCGUCUUAAGACGAUCGGCAUCAAUGCAAAGAACGUUAGUGGUUUCAUUUUUUUUCUCGACGCUUCUUUGAUUAAUGUACUCUUCCUGAAUUUGGCCACCAAAUGGCGAACGGUGGCGGCUAAAUGGGACGAGGUGGAUGCAACGUUUAACCGUGCACCCUACCAGAUGGUUGGAUGGAGCCUGCGGAAACGAUUGUGUGUCGUUUCGUUUACCUUAGUGUUCCUGGCCGCUGUGGAACAUUGUCUAUCUAUAGUAAGUACUGUGCACAAUCAGAUUUUCGAAGUACGGUACUGUAACUGGACUGUGGCGAACUACUACCAACACUAUUCAUUGCGUCGGUUUGCGAACGUUUAUUUACACUUCCCGUAUCAUCACUUGAGUGCGGUGUUCUUCACGUAUGUAUCUUCCGCGCUGACAAUCUAUUGGAACUAUCAGGACAUCUUCAUCAUUAUGAUCAGCAUCGGUUUGGCGACACGAUUCCAACAGAUCAACAAUCACCUGAAGGUACUGUCCGAUGGGAUCCUGAUACCGGGUGAAGACUUUUGGAUUCGCGUCCGCACGAACUACGUGUCGGUGUGUGAACUGCUGGACGAUGUCGAUCACGUUAUCUCGUGGACGAUGUUGAUCUCCUGCGCUACUAACCUGUACUACAUCUGCCUUCAGAUCCUUUACGUCUCCAAAAAGCUGGCUAACACGAUCGAGAAUGCUUACUAUGGGUUUUCGUUGGCAUUUCUGAUCAUGCGUACCAUAAUCGUGUUCCUGUCCGCCGCACACAUACACGAUUGUGCGAAAAAACCGUUGGAAAUAAUUAUGAAAAUUCCCAACGUCGGCUGGUGCGUUGAGCUUGAACGCUUCUCUACACAGUUGAAGAGCGAAAAGGUAGCCCUCUCGGGCAUGGGGUUUUUCAGUCUCACACGUCAACUACUAUUUUCGAUGGCUGGAACAAUUGUGACGUACGAGUUGGUCAUGCUGAAGUUCGACGAAGAAUCUGAAAGCCAGGGGCAUAUUCCACUGUGCGCCAAGUUCGACUAUGAAAACAUUGUUGGUGGGUUGUUUAUCAUGACCGCUGCGCUGAUACGACUGAAUCGCGUAGGCAUCAAUGCGAUGAACAUUGCUGAACCGAUCUUUUUCGCUAUAUGCACACUAUUGAGUCUGCUGUUCGUUCGGUUAGCGAUAGUUUGGCGUAAGUUUAUGAGUUUUUGGGCCCAACGUGAGGAGUUGUUCUUUGCGCGCCCGUACGGUGCCAUUAAUCUGCGGCGAAGGGUGAUCGGAGUGGCGGUGUGCAUCUUUGUGUCCGCCUUGGUGGAACAUGUCACCUACGUGAUCAACCAGGCAUACAACGUGUAUCAAGAGAGUUUAUCCUGCCGGUAUAAUGUGACUCAUCCACUUAAACUGUACGGCUCAUUGACCUUUCAAUCGGUAUACCAAUCCGUUCCAUACCAUCAUCUCGUAACUAUAUAUUUACUGUAUACGACUAUUUCGUUAACAUUCGUCUGGACGUUUGCGGAUCUGUUCAUCAUGCUGAUUGCAACCGGUAUAACGUGCCGCUUUGAGCAGUUAAAUAAGCGAAUCGACAAUAAUCUGCAAAACCGCUCCGAAGCAUUCUGGGGUGAAAUGAGGACACACUUCGUCGGACUGAUGGAGCUGGUCGAGCGAACGAAUAGGAUCGUCGGUCCGCUGGUGAUCGUUUCCUGUGCCAACGAUAUGUACUUUCUUUGUCUGCAGACGCUCAAUACGGUGGAGGAUAAACCGUACGACAUCAAUGACUGGUACUUUCGCUAUUCGUUUUCCUUCCUGAUAAUGCGUACCACGGUGAAGCUUUGGUACGCGGCAGAAGUGGACGAAAAGUCGACACGAACGCACAAGCUCGUGCAAAAGAUACGCAGUGAGCACUACAAUGAUGAGUUGGAAAUAUUGCGUAUUUGCUCCGGUGCCGGUGUGGCCAUCUCCGGUAUGGGGUUUUUCAAUAUUACACGUAAAAUAUUUCUUACCCUGAAGGAGGUUAACACAUUCGCCGGUGAAACGCGCACCGAGGAGUUCAUGCGCAUGAAUCCGGAACAUACCAUCCCAACGUUGGACGAUAAUGGAUUCUAUCUGGGCGAAUCACGUGCCAUUCUGUCGUACCUGAUUGAUGCGUACCGUCCCGGGCACACACUCUAUCCAAACAUUCCCAAGGAAAAGGCCCUAAUCAAUCGGGUGCUGCAUCACGAUUUGGGAUCGUUCUAUCCGAAGUUUUUCGGUACUAUUGGCGCAUUGUUUUCCGGUGCGGCUACGGAAAUCUCGGACGAGAUGAAAACUAACGCCGAAAAAGCGUUUAACGACUUGGAGAAUUAUCUAAUCCGUAAUGAUUACUUCGCGGGUGAGAAUCUAACCAUCGCGGAUUUGUCAUUGCUUCCGGCGAUUGCUUCGGCUGUGCACUGUGGUUUGGACCUAACGAAGUACAAGCGACUAAACGCUUGGUAUGAAAGCUGCCAGCAGUUGAAGGGCUACCAUGAUGAUCAGGAAGCAUCCCGCCAGGUUGGCGAGUUCCUACGCUCCAAGUAUCCGCCCGUUACGGAGUGGAUUAAUCGUUGUAUGCGGUACACUUGGACGUAUCUGGACAUCUUCAUCAUCUCCUUCUGUUACGGCGCGCAGUUUCGGUACGAACAGAUCUUUAAGCGCUUGAUGGCUGUCCAGGGCAUAACAUGUCCGACAAACUUUUGGCACGAGCUGCGCAUGGACUAUGUAGCCGUUUCGGAGCUGCUUUUUUCACUGUUUCCGCUGAGCGGAUUGUUCGGACCAACGGUGCAUGAUAUUCGGUUUCGUUGGUACGGGCCCGGCACUAUUUACAGCCUAUACUUCUUCGUCUCGGGCCUGGCCACACUGAUAGCGCACAUUUAUUACAGCGUCAAUGUGGGCACCUUGGGAACGUCGGAAAUAUUCGAAGAUGCUUUACAUGUCGCCUCGGUUUACUACACGAAUCUUCAGUACUACAAACGCUGUGACAAUAGUACACCCUUCUGGACGCUGUUCUACGAGCGUGAACAUCCCAAGUUCUUCCAUUACCUACCGUACAGCUUACCGGCUGUGCUGCUACUCGAACUAACGCACAAGAUAUUCCUGUACGUAUGGACGUUUCUAGAUUUGUUUAUAAUCUUCGUGGCACUUGGGUUGGCACGCCGGUACGAGCAGUUUUAUUGUCAUGCAGUCCGUUACAAAGGCCGUCACGUGAUGGGUACGAUCUGGCAGCAGUUACGGCUGGACUAUGGAAGAAUUUCUAACCUGGUCGCGUACAUGGAGGGCAUAAUGGCACCGAUCAUCAUCUCACAAACGAUCACUUCUCUGCUAACGAUGUACUGGAACUAUGUGGAUCUGUUUUUGAUAACCAUAAGUAUAGGUUUACGGACAAACCUAGCGCAUGUGAACGGCGUAAUCGAAGGCUCAGCGAAGUUGUACCAUCGAACAUCAUUCUGGAAGGAACAGUUUGUCCACUAUCGUCGCGUUAUAGGCUUGACACGUGACGUUAAUGGUCAUAUAGGAGCGUUCAUCGUAAUCUCCUACUCAAGCAAUCUAUUCUUCAUCUGCGUUCAGUUGGUGAACGUUUUUCAGCAAAAUUCAUCACUCAUCGUUACUACCUACUUCUGGUACUCGCUAUCUCAUCUCAUUGGCCGCAUUGUGGCCGUGUCAUUGUACGGUUCGGCCAUCCAUGACGAGUACUGUCGGACUCGUGCUCUGUUUUACAACCUACCGGAUGGGUACACUUCCAUUGACGAGAUCGCAGCCACUGUCGUAACGUACGACCUUCAAAUCGAUGAGUUGGUAUGUGAGAAGCGGAAUAAGAUGGGUUUCGCGGCGAUGGAAAAUCACGACACUAAGCCACUGAUACAACCAACCUGGCAUACACAUCUGAAAAGAUGGUGUGCUGCUUGGCUUCGUUGGCCGAAGGUACCACGCCGGGCAAGUCGUGAUGAUUGGCUGUUUAACGGAACGUUUCAUGAGGCGAUUCGCGGAGUACUGAUGAUGGCUCAGCUAUUCUCCAUCAUGCCUGUGCGUGGAAUUCUGGCGAAAGAUCCCCGUAAGCUGCGUCUUUCGUACACCAGUGGCCGGGCAGUGUAUGCAUACUUUUGUGCGCUCGGUAUUAGUUUUCUCGCCACCAUGUCGGUGUACUUCUUUGCCAGCAAACGAUACCAUUUCCAGAAGAUGGUAACUGCCUUCUUUUACUGCUACAAUCUGUACGCGAUGUAUCGAUUCGGAAGACUCGCCCAACGAUGGCCAGCGUUGAUGAUGAAGUGGACCAGAGUCGAUAACUCACUGCCUCCGCAAAAAGACAUCUCCGAGCGGGCUGUUCUGGCGUAUCGGAUAAAGUUAUGCUCUAUUAUAGUGAUGAUGCUCUCACUGUCGGAACAUUUGCUAUCGAUCGUGGCCGCAGUACACUACUCGAACAACUGCCCAGCAGUGCAUGAUCCGUAUGAAGCGUUCUUCAAAUCAAACUUUGCGUUCGUGUACUACUAUUUCGCUUACUCGACAUUGCGUGGCUUUUUGACCAAGUUCUUCAAUGUGAUCUGCAACUUCAUCUGGAGCUAUGUGGAUCUGUUUGUGAUCGUAGUUAGCAUGGGUUUGUCACACUCGUUUCGGCGUAUCAAUGCGUACCUGUUUCUACACAAACGUGAGAAAAUGUCGGAGCAGUUUUGGGGCGAACAGCGGCAGAAGUAUCGGAACGUGUGCGAUCUUGUGACUACAGUGGACGAUCAUAUCUCCGCCAUUACAAUGCUGUCCAUCUCGAACAAUCUGUUUUUCAUCUGCGUUCAAAUUCUCAACAGCAUGAAUUCUCGACCCACCUUAGUGCACACGGUGUACUUUUGGUUCAAUUUGAUUAUUCUGAUCGGGCGCACGCUAGCGGUUGCCAUGUUCGCUGCGGAGGUAAACGACGAAUCGAAGCGUCCGAUCGAGGUGCUGCGUACGAUACCGCGCGAUGGUUGGUGUCUGGAAGCGAAACGUUUCGCCGAGGAAGUCACCACCGAUACUGUCGCCCUGACCGGGCUGAAGUUUUUCAGCAUGACCCGCAAGCUGGUGUUGAAUGUGACCGGGGCGAUCAUUACGUACGAGCUGGUUCUGAUACAGUUCCACAAGGACGAAGUCUCGGAUGUGGAUUUGUGUAAGCUUAAGCGUAUGGACACGCUGUAG